AUCGAGAGUCGAUACAGCUCCGGUGCGAAUCGAGAAUCGGUACGGCGAAUGUGGGAAUCGUUAAUCGAUUCCUCAGUGGAGGUGCCGCCGAAUUUGAACGCGUUUGGCGGUCACGCCCGGGAGGUGCAAACGAUGACGACGCCGGGGAGAUGCGCCGCACGCCACUCCCGGCUGCGCAGACGCCUGGCCCAGCUGGGCUACGACCAGCACCUGGGCGAGGAGAGCCUGCGGCUGGCGGAGUGCCUCUUCAGGGAUCUCGUGCGCACCACGGAGGCGCUGGGAGCGGAGCGCGAAGCGGCGCGCCUCGCUGAGGAGCAGCUGCAGCGCGAGAGGGAGCAGCGCGAGAGGGAGGACGACGACGAGGUGGCGGAGGAGGUGGAGCGGGAGAUGAACGUGCGGAGGGCCACCUCCGAUCGGCAUCACAAAGUGGGGAGCCUCGCGGCCUCUGGAGGCCCCGAUGUGGACCGCGUCGCCACCCUCCUGGAGAAGACGUGCAUACGCAUUCGCGACCUGCAGGGAGAGCUUCAGCGCUUGAGGGCAGAGCUGAGAAGGUCGGAGACCAGAGCCGCUGACCUUGACUCCCAGGUGCGAUUCCUGACGGUGGCCAAGGAGGAGGCAUCGUCGCGCUGCGAGGCCGACCUCCGGGAGCGAACCGCGGCGCUGCGACGAAGCGAAGCCUGCGCUCGUCAGCAGGCCGAGAAGCUCGCCGCUCACGUGGAGACUCUGAAGGGAGAGCUGCUGGAGUCCAAGGAGCAGAACGAGACGCUUCGGAUGAGGAUGCAGGACUUUGUCACCGAAAUCUCGCAUGUGGAAGGCAUGCUGGGCGUGCGGGAGGAAGAGCACUCCCACCUGCUGGCUUGUUACGGCGAUGCCACCUUUCCAGACUCGCUACUGACCAACGUUUAGCCGUCGAAGGUCUCCAACGUGACACGAUUUCGGCUCGCGCCGCGUUACGUCGUGCUAGACAUCGUCCCACGGGGAAUUCACCACGGUUCAUUUUGGUUGCCAUUAGAGAAUUCACCACAUUUCGUUUUCGUUGCCAUGGAGAAUUCACCACAGAUCAUUUUGGUUGCCAUUGGAGAAUUCACCACAGAUCAUUUUGGUUGCCAUUGGAGAAUUCACCACAGUUCGUUUUGGUUGCCAUUGGAGAAUUCACCACAGAUCAUUUUGGUUGCCAUUGGAGUAUUCACCACAGUUCGUUUUGGUUGCCAUUGGAGAAUUCACCAGAGUUCGUUUUGGUUGCCAUUGGAGAAUUCACCACGGUUUGUUUUGGUUGCCAUUGGAGAAUUCACCACAGUUCGUUUUGGUUGCCAUUGGAGAAUUCACCACAGUUCGUUUUGGUUGCCAUUGGAGAAUUCACCACGGUUUGUUUUGGUUGCCAUUGGAGAAUUCACCGCAGAUCAUUUUGGUUGCCAUUGGAGAAUUCACCACGGUUUGUUUUGGUUGCCAUUGGAGAAUUCACCACGGAUCGUUUCAGGCAGAGGAACCCCAUUGCAAGCGUUGCACAAACAUCAAAUUCCCGGUGGCCAUUGUAACGAACCAACUAAGAACGGAACGUGAGCUUGAAGUGUCACCUUCUGAGGCCAGUUCUUCAGAUUGGAGUCUUGAGUGCGGGCCUCGGGACCAGAGUCUUAAUUGAGAGCCAGAUUCACGGUCUGGACCGGUGCUCUCCACCAAAGGCCACCGGCGGGGUCCCCCCCCCCCCCCCCUACCCAGUGGUCGCCCCCGCGGUUGCCUUACGGUGAGGAGCACCGCCGUCGAUUGUGGCUCGGGUCUUGGAACGUGAUUUAAGAUGGCGCGCUAUGUGGUGGUGGCGGCGG